AAUGAAGACAUUCCUCUAAUGGAAAAGAAUGAUAUUCCUAUUGAAAAUUAAAAAGAUCAAGAAGGAGUUUAAGAGAAUGAUCAAGACUAAGAAAAUUAAUAAUAAUAAUAAAUUUUAUAUUUAAUAAUUUUAGACAGUAAUAAGACGAUGGUAAGCAAAAACUAACUAUUGGAUAAAGUAUUUUUAAUUUGAUUAUUUCCUGCUCAUUUCAUCAUUUGUCAUCUGA